CCACCACCCUACAAAGGCUGUCGGAUACUUGACACCAUCAAAGCGUUUCUUUAACUCGUGAUUCUUCGAUCGACGUAGUCUCCUGCUUUUGACUAGCACCGAUGGCUUCGAAGGUUCUGGCUCUGGUUCUCCUUGCCUCAUUGGUAGGAAUUUCGUAUGGUGCGACAGCAGCGGACUUUUGCGCUGGAUCUCCCGUUCAGUACUGUGACUUUUACAUCAAAGGAUCUCCCACGACAGUUCCGAGUGUGAACGUUCAAGUCUUCUCUGGGAACAGGAUUCUCUCGGGAAAGCCUAUCAUUUACAAGACUGGCGAGCCGGUUAAGACAGCAUACUCGUACCAGUGCACUUUCCCUAACGAGAAGGGCAAGAAAGCUCGUACGUCUUGCGGAACCAUGUUCCACUUCAUGAGCCCGAACAGCGUCUGGAACGAGACGACUCUCAUUGGCAGCCACAUGAUCACCAAGCAGAACCUGGACAAAUAUAAGAACAAGUGCGUCAAGAUGCUUAUUGAUAACGUGAUGCUCGCAAAGGAAGGCUGGGUUAACAACGGAGAUGGGGGAAGGUCAAGUACCCUCAGAGGAGGACGCUGCGUGAUGUUCCGCACUGCCUGAUGCAACGAGGUGCCCCCCAGCAUUAGCGUGUCGCUUUGACGUAGAGUAGACAGGCGAUUGCGUUGCAUUUAGACGAUAGGUUGCUCCGGUGACCGUAGGCUAGCUUCUGUUAUUUAUACUGACAUGCGUAAUGACCGUGUUAGUCUUCAGUUCUUGAUAACAAUAAUCGCAUUGCACGUCCAGCACAUCCACCAGAAACC